AUCGUUGUCAAUGCCAUUGUGGACACCUUGAAGACAGCAUUUCCCAGAUCAGAGCCCCAGAGCCCCACGGAGGAUCUUAGCGAGUCUGAAGUGGAUGGGAAAUCUCAGACAGAUGGGAAGAAAACCAACAGGUCCAGGCUGAGGUUUUCAUCCAUUAAAAUUGCUCCAGUGCUGAGUGUGAGCGGAGCUCAUGACAGGAUCGUGUACUCCAUCAGGGAGGGCGGCGCUGUCUCUGGCACUCUGUCACUGGCUGCUAUGGAAUCCUUCAUCCAGAAGCAGGAGAAGCUGCUGGAGACAAUCCCCAGCAAAGCUCCCGAAGGUGAGGGAGGCAGAGAGGCUAAAGAAGGCUCCAUGCGGGAGGAUACGGACCGGGUGGAUGCGUCGGAGCAGGGAGCACACGCAGACACAGACUCUGAUUCUGAGACAGCUUUGGCUGACCUGGCCCUGGAUGUGCUUCGUCUGCUGCUGGUGGAUCACUGGAGCUGGUUGUGCACAGAGAACAUCCAGAAGGUCUUCAACCUGCUCUUUGGGACCCUCAUUCAAAG